AUUUUGCAAGAGAUGUCGAAGCCUGGGACGUUAGAUCUCGCAAAUAGUGUUGGCGGAACGAUAGCGAAAGAGGAAGUAAACAAUGCAGUAGAGAAGUAUGAGAAGUACCAUUGCUAUUACGGAGGUGAUGAGAAAGAGAGAAAGGCGAACUAUGCAGACAUGGUGAACAAAUAUUUUGAUCUUGUGACAAGCUUCUACGAAUAUGGUUGGGGAGAGUCGUUCCAUUUUGCUUCCAGAUGGAAAGGGGAGUCUCUUAAAGAGGGCAUUAAGCGGCAGGAACACUUCAUUGCGUUACAGUUAUGCCUAAAACCUGGGCAAAAGGUCUUGGAUGUUGGGUGUGGAAUUGGUGGGCCAUUAAGGGAAAUUGCCCAAUUUAGCAUGACAUCCAUUACUGGCCUGAACAAUAACGAGUAUCAGAUAACAAGAGGGAAGGAAUUGAAUAGGAAAGCAGGACUGGAUAAGAUCUGUGACUAUGUGAAGGCUGAUUUCAUGAAAAUGCCAUUUCCCGACAAUAGUUUUGAUGCAGCAUAUGCACUCGAGGCUACUUGCCACGCCCCUGAUGCGGUUGGAUGCUACAAAGAGAUUCAUAGGGUUUUGAAGCCUGGCCAAUGUUUUGCUGCAUUUGAGUGGUGUAUGACUGAUUCCUUUGAUCCCAAUAACGAAGAACACCUAAACAUCAAGAAGGAAAUUGAACUUGGGAAUGGCCUCACUGAUGUAAGGACUAGAGCCCAAUGCCUUGAAGCUCUCAAGCAAGUGGGUUUUGAGGUUAUGUGGGACAAAGACAUUGGAUCGAACUCACCCGUGCAAUGGUACUUGCCUUUGGACACAAGUGACUUCUCACUGAGUAGCUUCCGUACGACAGCCGUUGGACGGUUUGUAACCAGGAACAUGCUUAUGGCUCUAGAAUAUGUGGGACUUGCACCUAAAGGAAGUCAGAGAGUUCAAGCCUUUCUGGAGAAAGCUGCAGACGGGCUAUUUGCUGGUGGAAGAAAAGGAAUCUUCACAGCAAAUUACUUCUUCCUGGUUCGAAAGCCCCAAUUGGAUGGAAGUAGCAGGAGUACUGACGAAUAA